GGGUGGCGGGAGGCGGCGGCUCCGGGCAGAUUUGAUUUUCCCGCAGUCCGGGCGCCCCGGAGCCGGAGCCCCAGCCGAGGAGGUGGCGCUCACUGCCGCGUCCCAGCCCCGCCGCCGCCCGCGCGGAGAUCCAGGGAGAGGCAGCGGCGCAGUCCGGGCGCUCGGGGCUCCGCGCUGCCCGCGCCCUGCCACCCCCGCCGCCCGCACCCCCCCCGCGCCGCGGUCCCCCACGACCCCCUCCCGGUCUCCUGCACCCUCCUGCCCUCGCCCACAGCCGCACGCCCCGCCGCCCGCGCCCCUGUCUGCGACUCCGCGCGUCCCUCCCGGUGCCCUCUCCCCGGAGCCCCUCUCCGUCUCUCCCCGCUGCGCCCCGGCUCCCCGGGCUCCUGGCCCCUCUCCGCUGGGCCCCCAGCCUCGGCGCAGCGUCACCCGCGCCCCCUCCCCUCUCCGCGGCCCCCGCUCCCCCGCCCCCUUCCCUCUCACUUCCCACGCCCCCUCUUCGCGCUCUUCUCCUCCCCUGGCCGCCCAGCCCCGGCUCCGGAGUUGGGGGAGAGCCCAGGGCUCCAGUCGCUCUGAGGAGGCGUGAAUCGCGCAGGAAUUGACUAAUUUGGGGUGGGGGGUUCGGUGGGUGAUGGAGCAGCCCGAGGACAUGGCGUCGCUGAGCGAGUUCGACUCCUUGGCGGGCAGCAUCCCCGCCACCAAGGUGGAGAUCACCGUGUCCUGCAGGAACCUCUUGGACAAAGACAUGUUUUCCAAGUCUGACCCACUGUGUGUCAUGUAUACUCAGGGGAUGGAGAACAAGCAAUGGCGGGAGUUUGGGCGCACCGAAGUCAUCGACAACACACUCAACCCUGACUUUGUGCGCAAGUUCAUCGUGGAUUACUUCUUUGAGGAGAAGCAGAACCUCCGUUUUGACCUAUACGACGUUGACUCCAAAAGCCCUGAUUUGUCCAAACAUGAUUUCCUGGGCCAGGCCUUCUGCACCCUUGGAGAGAUCGUGGGGUCGUCUGGAAGCCGCCUAGAGAAGCCCCUCACGAUAGGAGCUUUUAGCCUGAAUUCCAGGACGGGCAAGCCCAUGCCAGCUGUAUCCAACGGAAGUGGUCUUUGGAUGGAAAGUUUGAGAACCACUGGUCUGGAAGCCUCUGGUGGGGUCCCAGGGAAGAAAUGUGGCACCAUCAUCCUGUCCGCUGAGGAGCUCAGCAACUGUCGGGACGUGGCCACGAUGCAGUUCUGUGCCAACAAGCUGGACAAGAAGGAUUUCUUUGGGAAGUCUGACCCCUUCUUGGUGUUCUACAGGAGCAACGAGGACGGAACGUUCACCAUCUGCCACAAGACCGAGGUCAUGAAGAACACCCUCAACCCCGUCUGGCAAACCUUCUCCAUCCCUGUGAGGGCCCUCUGCAACGGGGACUAUGAUCGGACCAUCAAGGUGGAGGUGUAUGACUGGGACCGAGAUGGCAGCCAUGACUUCAUUGGGGAAUUCACCACCAGCUACCGUGAGCUGGCCCGCGGGCAGAGCCAGUUCAACAUCUAUGAGGUGAUCAACCCGAAAAAGAAAAUGAAGAAAAAGAAAUACGUGAAUUCCGGCACAGUCACCCUGCUCUCCUUUGCCGUGGAGUCGGAAUGCACCUUCCUAGACUACAUCAAAGGAGGGACCCAGAUCAACUUCACGGUGGCCAUUGACUUCACAGCCUCCAAUGGGAACCCCUCACAGUCCACGUCCCUGCACUACAUGAGUCCCUACCAGCUGAACGCCUACGCGCUGGCGCUGACUGCCGUCGGGGAGAUCAUCCAGCACUACGACAGCGACAAGAUGUUCCCUGCCCUUGGCUUCGGGGCCAAGCUGCCCCCCGACGGCAGGGUGUCCCACGAGUUCCCGCUGAACGGCAACCAGGAGAACCCCUCGUGCUGCGGCAUCGAUGGCAUCCUGGAGGCCUACCACCGCAGCCUGCGCACCGUGCAGCUCUACGGCCCCACCAACUUCGCCCCCGUGGUCACCCACGUGGCCCGGAACGCGGCGGCCGUGCAGGACGGCUCCCAGUACUCCGUGCUGCUCAUCAUCACCGACGGGGUCAUCUCGGACAUGGCGCAGACCAAGGAGGCCAUCGUCAACGCUGCCAAACUUCCCAUGUCCAUCAUCAUCAUCGGCGUGGGCCAGGCAGAGUUCGAUGCCAUGGUGGAGCUGGACGGGGAUGACGUGCGGAUCUCCUCCCGGGGGAAGCUAGCGGAGCGGGACAUUGUCCAGUUCGUGCCCUUCAGGGACUAUGUGGAUCGCACAGGCAACCACGUGCUGAGCAUGGCCCGCCUGGCCCGCGACGUGCUGGCGGAGAUCCCGGACCAGCUGGUGUCCUACAUGAAGGCGCAGGGCAUCCGCCCGCGCCCCCCGCCCGCAGCGCCCGAGCCGUCGCCCCCACAGUCCCCGGCCCGCACGCCCCCUGCCUCCCCGCUGCACACGCACAUCUAAGCCUGGCUGUGCAUGCAGGUGGCCGGGACUGGGGAGGCCAGACGGUAGGCAGAGUCCCCAGACCCUUUGCUGUCGGCCCACCCAGCCUUUUGGACAUCGGGGUGCCUGGGAACUGGCAGGGGCGGGGCCUCUGGAGACUCCUCCCAGUUUCCCGGCCUCACUCACUGCGCAAACCCAGGGAGUGGGUACCGAUGCCGCAGGCGUGCACGGGGUCGGGGUCGGAGUCGGGGCUCAAGCCCUUUUCGUCCUGAUACGCCUCCGUAGUGCAGCUAGGACGGUGUAAAUGGGGAUAAUGGCGGCCCCCUCGCCCACUCCAGGUGACCCCAUCUGCUCACCUACCACCCUGAAACCUGACCUGGGCCCCUCCCAGCCUCCUGAGCUGUCUACUCCUAUCCCAGGUCCCCCUCCAGUUGGCUCUCCUGUGCCCUAUUUCCAGUGAACCCCUGGGGUUAAUGCGUCUGCAGGAAGGCCUGCGCCUGGGACCCUCCCAGGAGCACCCUAUGCCAGGGGAGCCCUGCAGACCCCCGCCCGGACUGUGACAGUGGCCCCUAGGCCACAUGCUGGGCCCGGAGUAGGAGCUUGUUAACAGAGCCCUUUCUGGAACCUCUGGGGUCCGGUGUGGCACUGGUUCCAGACACAAUGCCUGGGCCUCUCCCUGGUAUUGGCCAGAGGCACUUUCCCAGCUGACUGCUGGCUCCAGGUGUUCCCUGCUCCUCCCAGGCUGCCCAGGGCUCUUGGUGCCCACUUGGCAACUGUCCACCCAGAGGCCUCGUACCCUCUGCCCUCCCAGCUCACGGGACAGGAGGCAGGAAUGCUGGGCUCCAGCCCUGCCCACCCCUGUCUGCUGUGGGAACCCAGGCAGGCCCUUCUGCCUUCUGGGCCUGUUUCCACAUCUGUAUGGUGAGAGGGUUGACCAGAUAGUCCCGGGUUUCCUUCUGUCGCGACUUCCAUGUCCAGCUCUCCCAUCGCACUCCUCACCAGCGCGACCCUUACCCCACGCCGUCUUGGCUCAAGGGGUCACCUUGUUCCAUUCUGUCACCCCAAGUACACCCCAGUCCUUCAGACUUGGGCUCCUGCCCCUGCUGUGGGAAAGGCGGGAGAGGGGACCCCCCCACCCGGCCGCCGCCAGCCUCUGCCCACCUGGGGCGCAGGUCUUGCAUGCUGUCCUGCCGCAUGGGGCUCCUCCGCCCACUCAUCUCCCGGGACCUGGGUGGAGACUAGGCCCCUCUCUGGUGGCUGCCCUCCCUGUCCUGCAUGGUGGUGGUGGUGUUUCUGUCUGGUCCUGUACCUGUCUCUGAGACUGUCCGUGUGGAA